AUGCCUGCAAUCCCUGAAUCCCUGCUUUUAGAGCUUGAACAGGAGCUUGUGCCCGAAUGGAGGGCCAAGUAUCUUGACUACAGGCAAGGGAAGAAGAAAAUCAAAGCAAUCUCUCGCGCGCUGCGCAACAUCAAUCAGACACCUCGAACACCCCGGCGCAAGGGCCCGAAUGCCUUCUUACCUACGACUUCCGAUACCGCACCGAAAUACUCCUUCAUCAACCGCUCCCAAUUUGGCCGUGGCAGCGGUGGCGGAAAUGUAGCCGCGGCGCAAAGUUUGAGGAGUGUUGCGGAUUGGAGCGGCAGUGUUGGGGCUAGAGGGCGCGAGGGUGCUCAGUCAACACCGUCCCGACGCGUGGUACCUAUACCUAGGAGCUCAGAGGAACAGCCUCUGAGGUCUGAAGAGCGGCAGCACUUGACGAGAUACGGAAGCAUCAUAGGCACUCCGCCGAGCGCGGAUCGCCAGGACUAUGCUCGAGCAGGCAAGCCUCCUGUAUUGGAGCUUCCAGAUCCCGCCAUGGAUCCUGAGCACGCCGACUCCGAGGGCUCAACGCGGUCAAGGAACCCGCUGUCUCGCAAGAAGCGUACCAGAACUGACGUUGAGGCCAAUGGGAGUGUGCCCGAGGCGGGACGAGGAAAGUCGCAUUCACCGUUUCGAUCCAAAUUGCCGGCCAAGUACCGCAGUAUCUUUCAGCCUAGACGAGUAAACUCGCUGCCGGGAACCGAAGGCUCGCGACCACUUAUGAAAAGGAUGCUAUCGCUCGGCGGCGGCGGGCCGCCAGCAUCUCCGCGAGAUACAGAUGUGCCUUUGGAGGCCUACAAGGAGGUCGAUUUCCGUCAAGCUGAAUUCUUCAGCUUUCUUGACAAGGAGCUAGACAAAGUCGAGACUUUCUACAAGGAGAAGGAAGACGAGGCCACAGAUCGCUUGAAUGUUCUUAGAGAGCAACUUCACAUCAUGCGGGACCGCAGACUCGAAGAACUUAUUGCCAGUCAAACGGCCAAGAUGAAGGCCAAGCAGAGAAGAAAAAGCGACGCUAAAGGUGGAAACGACGGUGCGAACGGCAGUCUAUUGCCGGCUAUGGAUGUCUUCUCUGCGGAUGAACGACCCAAGUCAAAUGGACACAUUAUGAGUAGCUCUUGGCUGGACCCUCUGGACAGCGCGCUCAAGGCUGCACAGUCCGGCAAAUUUGGGAAGAGCACAAAGGCGAUGCAAGAGCUUGGAACCCCUACUUCAAUACAGCCAAGAAAUCCCGACAACGCCCGCGAUUACUCCCGCCGACCAGCUUCUCCAGACGUCCCCUACCGCACGGCCAGACGUAAACUUAAGGUCGCGUUGCAAGAGUACUACCGUGGCCUCGAGCUGCUCAAAUCGUAUGCAUUACUUAACCAAACCGCCUUUCGCAAGAUCAACAAGAAGUAUGACAAGGCAGUCAAUGCUAAGCCGUCGUUGCGGUACAUGGUAGAAAAAGUCUCUCAUACCGACUUUGUCCAAAGCGAGGUAAUAGAUGGCCACAUCCGGACAGUCGAGGAUCUGUACGCAAGAUACUUCGAGAGGGGCAACCGCAAGGUUGCUGUUGGCAAGCUGAAGGCGCCCAAUGCGAGAGCUGGAGACUACACAGGUAGCGCGUUCCGCAACGGACUCUUCGCGGCUGCGGGUACCGUGCUGGGCAUUCAAGGUGUUGUCUACGGCGCAGACCUGCUGUUCAACCCUGACCGGAUCUUGUCGACCAAAACCACCUUCCUCUUCCAGCUUUAUGGUGGCUACUUCUUGAUGCUAUUCCUCGUCCUGCUUUUCUGUCUGGUGUGCAAAUUGUUUGCUGUUGCUAAGAUCAAUUAUGUCUUCGUGUUCGAAUUCGAUACCCGCCACCACAUGGACUGGAGGCAGCUGUCAGAGAUUCCCUGCUUCUUGCUUUUUCUUGAGGGGCUCAUUGUAUAUCUCAAUUUUGGCCGGUUCGGCAGCGAUGCCAUGUUCCUGUAUUACCCUAUCGUCCUGAUAGUUGUCACUGGGAUUAUCCUCUUCCUACCCGCGCCGAUUCUAUAUCCGAGGAGUCGGAGCUGGUUUGCGUAUGCCAACUGGCGCCUCUUCUUUUCCGGUCUCUAUCCGGUCGAGUUCCGUGACUUCUUCCUCGGAGACAUGUACUGUUCUGAAAUCUAUGCCAUGGGGAAUAUCCCGAUGUUCUUUUGCCUCUACGUAAACAAGUGGCAGAACCCUGGACAAUGCAACUCUAACCAUUCACGGCUCAUGGGUUUCUUCUCGACCUUGCCGGGCAUAUGGCGUGCUCUUCAGUGCCUCAGACGAUACCGCGACACCAGAGACGUCUUUCCUCAUCUGGUCAAUUGCGGAAAAUACACCAUGACUAUCUUGUAUUACAUGUGUAAAAGCCUAUGGCAGAUUGACAGGGGAAAGCAUCAUGAGGUUCUCUUCAUCUUUUUUGCUACUGCCAACGCAAUCUACUGCAGUAUCUGGGAUGUUGUUAUGGAUUUUAGCUUGGGCGACCCUUACUGCAGAUACCCUCUCCUCCGCAAGACUCUUGGCUACAAGCAAGUGUGGAUAUACUAUGUCGCACUAGUAUUAGAUCCCAUCCUACGCUUCAACUGGAUAUUAUUCGCCAUCUAUAAGAACGACAUUCAGCAUACUGCUCUGCUCAGCUUCAUCUUGGCAUUUACAGAGGUGCUGCGUCGAGGCAUGUGGAGCGUACUUCGAGUUGAGAACGAGCACUGCACAAACGUCCGCCGUUUCCGCGCAUCCCGCGACGUCCCCCUCCCCUACGAGGUCCCGACACCCACAGGAAGCCCUACCCAGCCCACACAAGACGAGCAGCAACGCCUUCGCCCGCACACGUUCCCACCGUUGGUGCGCGUUACCACUCCUGCACACGCUACCGGCGUCGACCUGGAGGCAACGCCUGGAACCCAAGCCAACUUGUCGCAACGCUCGCAUCGCAGCGAACCUAGCCCAGGCCCCAUGACUAGAGGCAUAUCUCGCAUCGGUACGCUGCUGCAAGAGGCUCAUGCGCAGGACUUUGAGCGGAAGCGGAGACCGGAGGUCGGCCUGAAGCACCAGCGUGGGUUCGAGAGUAGUGACGAGGAGGAUAGCGAGAAGGAGCUGGGUGGGAUUGAAGAUGAGAUGGGGGAGCCGAAUGACGGGCGAGAAGAGGAAGAGGGUAGGAAUGAGGAGGCGGAUGAGGAACGGGAGGCGGAGGCGGAGCGGGAGAUCCAGGAAGAGAGUACGAGAGGGCGGGAUGAGGAGCAGGUGGAGACUGCACAGAAUCUGAUUGCUGAUGCGGGACAUAGAGUGACUGCUAGUCCGGAGCGGAUGUAG